GAGUCAAGCUCCUAGAACAUGGAGUCCCGUGGUGAGGAGAACUCGGAAUUCAUGCGCAAGGCUUCCGAUACUAGUCCCUCCAACAAGAGCUUGUCUGAACGAGAAUCCCAAGAAAGCAAUCUAGAGGAUGAAGAUGCCCGUUUAGCCGCCCUGUCGUUUAGCUGCAGCGAUCCGCUUUACGAAGCAAAGGCUCAGUUGUUGAACGAGGCUAUCCUCGACAUCGGCAUGGGACGGUAUCAAUGGCAGCUGUUCAUAGUCAUUGGGUUCGGCUGGGCCAGCGAUAACCUUUGGCCCAUAGUUACUUCUCUCAUCUUUACGCCCGUGAGAAACGAGUUCUCGCCCAGCCACCCGCCUUUGCUUACCCUUGCGCAGAAUCUGGGGUUGCUGGCCGGGGCGAUCUUCUGGGGGUUUGGCUGCGAUAUAUAUGGUCGACGCUGGGCGUUCAAUCUCACCAUUGGCAUCACCGCAGUGUUUGGGCUCGUGGCUGCGAGCUCGCCGAACUUCGCGGCCAUCGCGGUCUUCGCAGCGCUAUGGUCCUUCGGGGUCGGCGGGAAUCUCCCGGUUGAUUCUGCGAUAUUUCUCGAGUUCUUGCCGUCAUCUCACCAGUUCCUACUCACCGUUUUGUCUGUCGAUUGGGCGCUUGCGCAAGUCGUGGGUAAUCUUGUCGCCUGGCCUCUCCUGGGGAACUUAACCUGCCAGGAAGACAAUGAAAAAUGCACCCGGUCUGAAAACGCAGGAUGGAGAUAUUACUUGAUAACUGUAGGUGGGCUUUCGAUGGUUAUGUUUUUCAUCCGAUUCGCUUGUUUUACCAUCUUUGAAUCCCCAAAGUAUCUCAUGGGUAGGGGCAAAGACGAAGACGCCGUCCGGGUGGUUCACGAGGUGGCGCGGCGAAAUGGGAGAGAAUCAUCACUCACUCUCGAAGCGCUGACUAGUCUGGGACACGGCACCACACAGAGGGAGGGAGCUCGGGUCGCACUGCAACGAAAAUUAGAGAAACUUGACUCCAGCCACCUUAAAUCCCUCUUUGCGACUCCCAGGCUGGCCUGGUCAACUUCUCUAAUCACCUUGAUCUGGGCGUUAAUCGGCCUCGGAUUCCCUCUCUACAACGCGUUUCUACCCUAUAUCCAAUCCACCCGCGGCGCCAAUUUCGGCGACGGCUCCACCAACAUCACGUACCGCAACUCACUAAUCAUCGCUAUCCUCGGCAUCCCAGGGUGUUUCAUUGGCGGCUCCCUCGUCGAAACCCGAUCCCUGGGCAGGAGGGGAACCCUCGGCCUCUCAACCACGCUCACAGGAAUAUUCCUCCUCGCGUCCACCACCGCGACGACAUCCAACGCUCUCCUGGGUUGGAACUGCGCCUACAGCUUCAUGAGCAGUAUCAUGUACGCGGUUCUGUACGCGUACACGCCGGAGAUAUUUCCGACCAAGGAUCGCGGCACGGGCAAUGCGCUGACGGCGGCAGCUAAUAGGAUUUUCGGCGUCCUGGCGCCUGUUGUCGCAAUGCUUACGGACCUGGACACUGCAGUUCCCGUUUAUAUGAGCGGUGCGCUGUUCAUUAUCGCGGGGGCUUUGGCGAUAGUACUGCCGUUUGAAUCUCGGGGGAGGGCUAGUUUGUAGGCGAAGCAAAAACUGCUGGUAGUACCGGUAGCAGUAGCGGUACCGGUAUCCGCUGGGCAAUGCGAUGUUCGUCUGGUUAAUAAGCAUGCUUUCUAUAUUUCGAGGCGCUGAAUGUGAUAUUUUUUUGAUGCAUCUUCAUGUCCAUCCUAUGCAUUUUAGAUUCUGAACAAGCUUCUUCUUUUAUUCAAGUUGGGCCGGGAUAGAAUGGGAAAUUCGCGGCUCUGGCAAACUCGAGGAAACGUGUGUUCAUACGUUGUUCGCCACUUUUACUCGCUUUGGUGGCUGUUUUAGCGCUCAAGACUCUAGAGUUAGAAAGGGGCAACUACCUUUCGCUUGAGGUUUUUUAUUUUUAUUUAUUUAUUUAUUUAUUUUCAUUUUAUAUGUUUGUUUCAUUAUUUUUGUUCCAUUAUUUUAGAGAUUAGAACUGAGCUGCCCUUUUCUCUUUCGGUC